UAGUGUUUUGAGGAGGAAUUGUCAAUAACACAGUGUUGAACUUUCUCGAAAAUUUAUGUUGUAUGCAAAGUACGUAGUCAGAAUCGUUUCGUAGAGACUGGAUAUAUUCAAUUAAAAUGAAAUUAAAAUAGUUUAAUAUAAGGUCUUUAACAUCGAUUGGAAGACAGAAACAAACUUAAUUUAGCUAAAAGGAUUUGGGCUGAUGGAUGGAUGGGUUAUUCAAUCUUAUAUUUAGAUUGUAGGCUUAAGUUUGCUUUCAUCAAUCAAUACACUUGUAAAUAAACAAAAUCAAGUAUUGUGCUUGUUUCUUCCAAUAUUGGUUUAUAAGAUAACGUCCUGGUGAAAUCAAACAGGAUUCCGAUAUGAGGAUAUCAUUCGUAUCAGUUUAUUAAAAUGUUUCACGAGGCUCUCCUAAUAUAGAGGUGAUGGUGAACAUUAUACAAACAAUGGAAAAUAUGUCAAUAGACAUUACAGUGGAAGAUCCGGAGACGAUUGAGGUGGAAAGUUUUCUGGAAAGGAACCCUGCUGUUAUGGAAGAAAUUUUUCUCCGAAAAGCCGACCAAAGUCUUGUCAGUAAAUGGCUACAGAAGAACGGUUACUGCAGUCUGGGCGAGAUGAAUAGCCCCAAAAUGAACAGUUCGUCAGAGGGAAAUGCCUCGCCGACGUCACCGGCUGAAAACAGAGGAGAUAUGUUCUUCUCAAAGCACUCCAGAAGUAAUUCAAAGAAACACCUAAGAAACGAUUAUGCUAAGUCAAAAUGUAAGCAUAUGUUCAGAACAUACGAGCCUACAUCCACCUCAGACAAAGCCACAGACGAACGCAGAAAUAGCUUGAAAGAAAUGAAAAUCUUCAGGUCUUUACCACAAAAUUCCAGCAAUAUUUUAAGUCUUCUCAUUGAAUCUAAAAUACGGCUUCCUCGAUAUCCAAGUAAGGACAUAGAAAAGAAACGCGAAGAGAGACAUAGCAACGAAAUGGAUUUUUUCAUGGACAUUGUCAAAGACAUUUCAAAUGAUCUUGAUCUACGCAGUUUAAGUGAGAAGAUCGCCGCCAAUGUGUGUGUACUUACAGACGCAGACUAUGCGUCAAUAUUCAUGGUUGAAGGACAACAUUCCGGCAAACCCUCACUGGUCUCCAAACUCUUUGAUGUUCAUUCUGGUACCCAAUGCAUGCCAACUACUACCCCCAGCAAUAUUUUACGGGUUCCCUGGGGUAAAGGCAUAAUUGGCAAUGUCGCAGAAAAAGGCCACACUGUGAACUUGGCGAAUGCAAAUGAAGAUCCUCGUUACAAUGACGAGGUUGACCGUAUCACGGGCUAUAUGACCGACUCCUUGCUGUGUAUGCCCGUAAGAAACUCGGACGACGACAUCGUUGCAGUAGUUCAGGUCAUCAACAAAUCGAGCGAUCCUGCUUUUACAAAGGAGGACGAAAAGCUACUUUCUGCCUACUUGUCCUACUGCGGAAUUGCCAUUUACAACGCACAAAUAUUUGAAGCCUACAGCAAAGAGUAUGAGCGAAACAAGGAUCUCCUUGAGGUUGUGCACGAUUUGUUUGAGGAACAAACAUCACUUGAUGACGUCAUACUCAAAAUAAUGCAACGUGCUCAAAUUCUUUUGAAGUGUGAACGCUGUUCGGUCCUGUUACGUGCUGAAAACAACUCAGAGAAAGUGUUCAGCAAGGUAUUUGACCUUGCAUACCCGUUGACGCUGGGCACAAAUGGCCAUUCAGCAAUGAGGAGACGUCAACAGUUUUCUCGUGCAAAACUCGACGUCGGCUGUUCUCGUUUCCGGUCUCACAGUGCACCCUGCACAUUUAUUCCCAGCACGACCAACUGUGCAGACUUGCAGAUGGGCAAUAAGAUUGCUGAGUUGGUGCUUAAAACAGAGGAGACUAUCAACAUAGCUGAUGCACACUCGGACACCAGGUUUGAUAAGGAGAGGGAUAUCCUUAGUGGACAUCACACGCGAUCUAUACUCUGCAAGCCAGUCAGAAAUAGAUACGGCCAGAUUAUAGGUGUUGCAGAAAUUAUAAACCGCAUCGAUGGCAUGCCAUUUGACGAACAUGAUGACCAGCUUUUCGAGGCAUUCACCAUAUUUUGUGGACUCGGAAUCAAUAAUGCUCAGUUGUAUGAGGAAGUCGCCCUGGCUGCAGCAAAACAGAACGUGGCGCUGGAGUAUUAUUUUCAGAUGUUGUCGUACCACGCAGGAGUAGAGCCAGAAGAGGUGCAUAAACUCAAAUCAGUCCAUGUUCCACCGGCACGAGAAUGGGGCCUAAAUGAACUGAUUUUCAAUGACUUCUCGCUCAACGCUGACGAAAUGGUGCUGGCUGGAAUAAGAAUCUUCAAAGACUUGGGACUUAUGAAGACAUGUAGGAUCGAUUAUGAUACGCUAUGCCGUUUCAUGCUGACUGUUAAGAAGAACUACCGCCACGUUGCUUAUCACAAUUGGCGUCACGCUUUCAACGUUUGCCAGCUCAUGUUCGCAACUAUGCAAAAAUGUAGUCUGCGGCAUUUGUUGACGAGGUCGGAGACCCUGGCUAUGAUCGUCGGAUGUAUCUGCCAUGACCUUGACCACCGUGGGACUAACAAUGCAUUUCAGCAGAAAACGAGCUCAGCGUUAGCAACCCUGUAUGGUACAAGUGCAACGAUGGAGCAUCACCAUUUCAACCACGCCCUCAUUAUUCUCAACAGUGAGGGUAAUAACAUCUUCUCCAACUUUUCAUCAGAGGAAUACAGUAAAUUGAUCAACUUGUUGAAACAUUCCAUUCUUGCUACAGAUUUGUCCCUGCACAUACAGGUGCGUAACACGUGGUUCGCCAUGGUGGAAGAAGGUCGCAUCGACUGGGAUGAUAAAUCGCUCAAGGAAAUCUUCAGAAGCAUCCUCAUGACGGCCUGCGAUAUAGGGGCCAUCUCAAAACCAUGGGAGGUCUCUAGAAAGGUGGCAGACCUGGUGAUGACGGAAUUUUUCGACCAGGGCGACAAGGAAAGAGAAGAAUUGAAGAUUCAACCACAGGCUCACAUGGACCGACAGAAGCAGGACCAACUACCCGCCUUACAGCUUGGUUGGAUCGACGGCAUUUGUAGACCGUUAUAUGCUAGUCUAGUCAAGUUUGACCCUGCGUUUCAGCAAAUGAUGGAUGGCGUUUUGAAAAACAGAGCCGAGUGGGAAUAUCUGGACACCGAAAGACUGAGCAAACAGGCGCGCGAGUCACUCGUUUAAAACAAGUUUAUUUAUGAAUUAUUGAAUACAUGCGGUAUAUAUGAUUUGAAAUCGUUAAAAGUCUCCCUUCUGUAUGACUAUUUUAUUGUAUGUUUAUAUAUAUGUUGAUGUAGAUUUAUGCUUCAGGCUUGGUAUGCAUGCGUUAGAUAGGGCAAUUAAAAGUGUACUGAAACGUGUUUAGUAAAUUUAUUACAAUGUAAAUGGCAAGUCUGUGAUACGAAUGUGUUUGUUUCAUACUUCAAACAUAAGGUAUGAUUAGUAUCAUUUGAACGUUUGAACAUGCAUAACCCUAAAUAAAUUACGGUUCCACUUUGA